GGGUCUGUAGGGGAGCUGUUGGCAGCACAUGUUGUGCUUUAACAUCGUCUCACACUGGUUAUUUGCGCAAUGUUUGAAACAGUUAAAUGCCGACUACGGUACGUAAAAGUGAGUUUUUAAAACGGAGAAUUUUGUUCAACGAUCUGCGAAUUAAUAAAAUAAAAGAAAACGAAAAUCAAUAAAAGAAAAACAACAAAAUUUGGCUUGUUUUUGCGUGCGCAGUUUGGUUAAAAAGAAAAUAAAACAAAUGUAAAUAUUAAUUGAAAAAAAAAAAUUAAAUAUUUCCUUGCGAAAAAAAUAAACUUAAAAUUUAACAAAGUGUUUCCACAAUUAGUGUAUUGAUUUGAAAUAAAAAAGUGUUAAGAAAUUUCCUCUAUAUUAUUUAUCACAAAAAAAAAACAACCACACAAUGCUCGUAAUAAAAGUUGAGGUUAAAUAAUUGAAAAAUAGUAGAAUAAAAUAUCAAUUCUCUAUUUAAAUCAAGUGUGUUAAUUAACAAAAUAAAUAUUGAAAGAAAUAAUUAAAGCAAUUGCCAAACGUAAGAAAAAUCUUAUAAAAAUAUCAAGCAUUUAAAUUUAGUGUAUAAACAAAAUAACAAAAAAAAAAUUGAAAGAAAAAAGUUGUCAAAAUACUUAUUUCAAUACAAAAUAAGAAAAUAAUAAAAAGAAAUAAGCAAAAUAACCAAAAGCAAAAGGCAAAAAAUAAAAAAAGUAUAAAGAAUUAACAACAAAGAGAUAGUGCUAAAAAUAGAGAGAAUAAACACCAAAGAGUUUUUAUUAAAAAAAAGAGUAUUAAAUAAAACAACAACAAAAUUCUAAAGUUAUUUCAAACUACCCAUGAGGGCUUCGAAACGGGAUUUGAGUUUUCAAUUUUGUAGUCAGCAUUUGGCUUAAACCACAAUGAAUUCGACGCGUGAUACCAAAGCGGCCGUUAAGGCUCAAAAGAAACAACAAAAGUUGGUGAAAAAACAACAGCUACAAAAGACCAAAAUCGAAACGGAACAAUUGAACAAGAACCAAAAAAAUGCUUUACAAACUGCCAAAAUCUCCAAGCAUUCCCCCACUGGAACUGCCAUUAAUCACAACAAUAACAAUAUCAAUGCAAACAACAACAACAACAAUAACAAUGUUAAUGAGACCAACAAUAACCAUCCCACAAAUGUCAGUCAAAAAUUCCGAGAAUACUAUGAACAACAACAGCUACAAAAGCAACUUAUCGGUGGGAAUUCCCCCACACUUUUAGCCGCUGGCCCAGCCAAAUUUGAGAGAUCCGGCAGUUUCUCUUUGAAAGGCAAACUCUCGAAGCUUAUCAAUUCGAUAACCAGCAGUAAGGAGAGUCUUAAUAAAAUCGAAGAUGACAGUGAGUUGCCGUUUAAAUUUACCCGCAGUCGUUCCAUGAUUUUACCCCGACGAACAAAUCGUCGCAGUCUUAUAGAGCCUCAACUGGAACAACUAUCAGAAGAAGAUCCCACCUCACCGGCUUCGCCACGCAAAAAUUCCAUAGAAACUAAUGAGAACAAUAAUACCCCAUUAAGGCCACAAUCCAUGUCUAAUCAGGCCACCUCUACGCCCGUAGAGUGUUCACCAUCGCAAACGCGUAAAAGCUCUACGCCGAUCUUAAGCCAAGAUGCAGCCUUUGAUCCAGUGGCCAACUUCAAGAAACGUAGAUCUUCCACCUUAAUAUCCUCCUUUAAAACCACAUUCGGCUUAAGCUCCGAAAAGAAAAAGGAUAAAUUAAAUGACAAGUGGCGGGCCUCGCUGCAGUCCCUGCAGGCUGUCGACAAUAUGGUCAGUUAUGAGAAUAUGUCCUUUAUCGACUAUGACAAAUUCAAUACCUAUGAAAAGCAAUUGGAACGUAAACUCUCACAAGUUAGUCUAAUGGAUCCUUCACUAAAUUCCUCCAUCAUACCCGACAACUCUUUAAUAUCCGAUAAUUCUUCCUAUAUAUUACCCUCACCCUCUACACCCUCCAAUGCCACGGCCACUUCACCCUUCAUCACACCCCAAACGGUAGUGCGCAGGCGUAAAACAUCUUCAUCAUUGCAUGGCUCCGCGCGCGAAUUGGCCAAACGUCGCAGUGCCUCGCGUAAUAGUUUCCAAAUGGAUCCGGACUAUGAGCAUAAUUUGGAUAAACCGCGUAAUGUGUAUCGUGAAAGUUUAGAUUCGCGCAAACUCGAGUUACUUAAUGAUAUUUCGCGUAAUUCGUAUAUAUUAGAUAGUGAUUUAGUGGAUAUAUUGGAUUUGGCGUCGACACCAUUGACGGCCACCAAGAGGCCGUACUAUAAGCGUUGCUGCAGUCAGACCAGUGCGGGACGUACGAAGGCGGGUCAGGAUGUUGUGGAUGCAGCAGUUAAAGUUCAGUUAAAAUCGAAAAGUCUUACGCAUUUAGAUGGCCUUGAAUCUGAAAUGGUUUGCAAUCCUGCUAAAAAUUCAAAUAAUGUAUCUAGUUCGGAGUACUUUUCGGUUAGUUUUUGCACUGAAUCGGGCUGUCAAGAUGAGGAGUUCUUCCCUGCCACCAAAGGUGUCACCUUAGCAAAUGCUUUAAGCCAGUCUUUAAGAAGACGUAAUUUAAGUUUUACCCAAUUAACAAUCACCGAUAGUAAUGACAAUAAUCAAACACCGGCAUUUUUGGAAGCAGGAACUUCCCCCCUACACACCUCACUGGAUGAAAAUACCGAAGUGGAAAAUUUGGCCGGCCAUCAUUUGAUCAUAAUGGACAAGGAUAGCUCACGCAAAACGCUACAAAAGGCCGCCUCUUUUGGCUCACGCAAUCGACCACCCCGCCUCUUAUCAUCAGCCUCCACCGAUGAAUCCUCAGAGGUGAAUUUAACGGGCAAACAAUUGAAACAACGAUGGUCUGGUCUAUUCGGUGUGAAAAAUCCCCAACAAAGUCAGCUGUGCGAAUUGCUAAAUAGCUAUUCGAAAAAUGGUGUACCACAAAAAACUCCUGCCAUCUUAGGUUUUGAUCAUCCCGAGCUUGAGAAUGCCAUAAACUAUUUAGAUAAUAGACAUAAGACAUGGAUGGAUAUAGUGGAGAGUGGUAGCAUGAAUGAUAGUGAGAUGAGAAUACAGACUGCCAUAUGGGAACUGGUGACCACAGAGGUGGACUAUAUACAUUGUUUGCAAACGGUAACGGAUCUUUUUCUGGCCUGUUUGGAAGCGGUGCAGGAGGAGGGUUUGCUGAAAGAAGUCGAUCAACAUCGUUUGUUUGCCAAUAUCCGCGAUAUAUGUGAGGCUAAUCUAAAGUUUUGGACCUUUUAUUUGUAUCCCAUGGUGGCGCACAGCAUUAACACUAGAGAACCCUUGAGGGUGGCCUUUUUCCAGCAGGGCUUUAUAGCGUUUGCGAAUAUUUUUGCUCCCUACAAAAAGUACUGUGCUGAGCAGAGUACUUGUCAGUUUUAUUGCAAAGAAUUGAAUAGAACAAAUUCUUUGUUUACCUCCUAUUUGGCGUGGUGUGAGGCCCAGAAAAUGUGCAAUCGUUUACGUUUGGCCGAUAUCCUGGUGAGACCCAUGCAGCGUUUGACAAAGUACAGUUUAUUACUGGCGGCUAUAAAGAAACAUAUGACCGAUGUGGAGGAAAUAGAAGCGAUUGAGACCAUGCUACAUACCACCGAAAAUUUUGUUUUUAGCGUUAAUAAUCAUUUAACCACUAGACAAGAAAAUGAGCGUUUAAAGGGUGUUAUGGCCCGCAUAGAAUCCUAUGAUGUGGUGGACACCAACAAUGAACAUUUGGAGAAGAUGAUUAAACAAUAUAGUCAAAUGUUCGAUUUGUGUGGUCCCAUGAAAGGCUGUGCCUCUCAACAUGUCCGCCAUCUGUUCAUGGAGGGCGAUCACAAAUACAAAGACAAUCUCGGCAAAGUCGAAGUGCAUUGUUUUCUCCUAACCGACAUGCUAUUGGUGUGCAAAUCGAUAGCGAAAAAGGGUUUGGGUACCCUUAAAGUGAUACGACAGCCCUAUCUAACCGAUAGGCUGAUAGUACAACAUUCCAAUAAUAUAUUAAGUUGUGUUUAUCUAAAUGAAUUCCAAGUGGCAAUAAGUGCAUUUACUCUACAGUGUACAGAGGCUAAAAACUGGUAUGAGGCUUUGAAAAGAGCCAAAAUGAUUUAUACCCGUUUAAAGCAAAGUUCUCUGGUGAAUCCCUGGGACUCUAUGCGUUUUGUGGGCAGUACGGCGGAUUCGUUGGGCGUUAAGAAAUCACCCAUGAAUUCUUCAAUAUGCUCGCAUGUGACCAGUGCUAAUAAUAGUCAUAGUGGUUCGGUGGAAUGGAAUGAUUCACGCAAUAUUUCGGUGGAUUUUGAUAAAACCAAUUCAUUGUCCAGUGAUGAGGGUUGCACGUUUUUGGGAGCCCAUGGUUUUCCUUUGAAAGGCAAACCCUUGACCACCAUUAGUCCACAAAAACUAAAAGUUAAUACCACCUCCUCCUCCAAUAUGCUAACGGUGCAACCUCUUAAUCAUUUGGGUCAAAGUUUACCAAACCUCAAUCUGCAUCACAGUCAUACUAAUCUUUACCAUACUUAUAGUAAUAAUACAUUAUUGGUACCGGGCACCGCCAAUAGUGCACAUUCCGGUACUUUAUUGCUAUCACCUAGUCAUCGUGGCAUUUCAUAUCCACCACCAAGUCCAACAAGGGUUCCCUUACGAAGAGGCAUGGCAUUUUCAAAUUCCAUUAAAAAUCCACCACUGCUAAAGACACGCAAUAUUACCUCACAAAACAGUAUAAAUUGGCAUCAGAUACCAGCCACGCCCACACCCACAAGUCCACAGUCUCAACAACAAGCAGCGGCCAUAAAAUCGUCAACAUCAAGCGCAUUAGCAACAGUAGCAGUGGCGGCCACAAAUCCACCAGUUAAUACAAUAACGGAACAACAAGAGCAAGAACAACAACAAACACAGCAAUUAACAGAAGCAGCAGCAGCAGUAGCAACAACAACCACAACAGAUUGUACUGGCCUACAAUUGACCAAUAAUGUUAUAUUUAGCACCCAACUAUCAAAUUCCACAGAAACGGAUGUUUGAUUUUUUAUAAGAAAAAAACCAACAACAAUUACCAGAAUUGUUAUAAAUUAGUAAAAAAAAAAAAAACUAAUAUUUUACCAAAAACUGUUUUUUGAAAAUCUAAACAAUUAUUGUAUUAAAAAUUUGAUAAGUAUUGAAAACUAAACUACUUUUUUGCAAAAAGUAGUAGUGAGAACACACAUUUGAAAAUUUAAAAAAAAAAUAUUGUUUAAAAAAAGACAUAUUUUAAAAAAAAGAAAAUAACUUUGUUAUCUACUUAAAACUAGAAAAAACAAAUUAAAAU